AGUGGGUCCCGCUGGAGUUUUGUGAUUCUGUUUUCCACUAGACAUCUUGGUGGGGGAAGACAAACAUUUCAUUUGGGCUCUGUGCUUUAGUCUAAAUAGGACUCUCCGGAGAUGAAACGUGGGAUUUGAAAUGCGUAAAGUGUAAGUGAAUGCGUAAAGACGACAUUGACGCAUGAGCGGGUGCAGGUUUUUUUGGUUUUGCAUAGGCUAAAUGACAGACAGAGAGGCUGGAAAACUCUCCCGGACUGACUUUCUUCUGAAACUGAACACACAGAGACUUUCUCCGUAGACUCCAGCGUCCGUGUGAUGAUCUCUCACAUCUGUUACUGUAAAAAUGUGAGGAAUCUGAGGCACAGUCACAAACGACAAAAGAGAGAUUCCAAAGUGCACAUCCUCCGCCGCAGCGACAUUCCUCUGCUCGUUAGUUCUGCUGCAGCCUCUCCAGCCUCUCCGUGUGCUGUUUUAUUUGAUUUCUCGCUCCACAUGUACCAGCCAGGUGUGCCUCCAACGUCUGAGGGCUUCUUCAACUCACCCGAAUUCCUCAGCGUGGAGUGAGGACAUAGCGAGCAAAUAGAGGCUCCAUUCUCCGGCCGUCCCGCUUGAAGAAUGAUGGAAAAACAAAGGCAGCUCGGCCAGGCCCUCAGCCGCCUCGGAUGAUACCACGGGGAAUACAGGACCCGACGCACCAAAGUCCAACUCCAAACGGCAGGACAAGAACCACCCUCUUUUGGCGUUCCUGCUCAGGUUGAACGUGCCAAGCCUCAGCGUGCGUAGAACAUGGCUGGUUUGAUGGCGACGUUUGGUCGGUACACCCACGCCGUGGUCCGGGGAGUCCCCGCUUCUCUGGCCACAGAGGCUCUGCGCAGCUGUGAGGCGGAGGUGGACCUGGACAGAGCGCGCCAGGAGCAUGCGGACUAUGUGGAGGUGGUGAAGAGGAGACUGGGGCUGGAGGUGGUGGAGCUGCCCGCGGACGAGGCGCUGCCGGACUGUGUGUUUGUGGAGGACGCGGCCGUGGUCUGCGGGGACACUGCGCUCAUCACCAGACCUGGAGCAGAGAGCAGGAGAGGGGAGACGGAGGUGAUAAAGGGUGCCCUGAAGAAGCUGGGUCUGAACAUAGUGGAGAUGACGGAUGAAAGAGCCACUCUGGACGGAGGAGAUGUGCUGUUCACUGGUCAGGAGUUCUUCGUGGGCCUAUCCAAGCGGACCAAUCAGAGAGGAGCCGAAAUCUUAGCUGAUGCUUUCAAGGACUUUGCUGUAUCCACUGUUCCUGUGACUGACGGGCUGCACCUGAAGAGCUUCUGCAGUAUGGGGGGACCAGGCCUUAUUCUCAUUGGCUCCAGUGAACAUGCCCAGAAAGCUCUCAAGAUAAUGCAGCAAAUGAGUGACCAUCGCUACGACAAGCUGACCCUCCCCGACGACCUCGCCGCCAACUGCAUCUACAUGAACCUACCGGACAAAGGCCACGUGCUGCUCCACUCCACUAGAGACAUGUUCCCUGAGAGUUUCAAGGUGCUGGAGAAGUUGAAGGACUACCUGCUGAUUCCUGUGUCCAACUCGGAGAAGAUGAAAGUGGACGGAGCGCUCACCUGCUGCUCUGUUCUCAUAAACAAAAAGCCGAACAUCUGAGCAUUACCGCGGUUUGAAGUGACGGAGCAUUUGGUACAAUAGACAGGUGUUACUGUUGACAACGAUCUGUCAGUGAUUUAUAGGACUAAUAUAUUUUUUACCACAAUACGUUGUACAUUCACGUGUAGCAGAACCUCCAUAGAGAUAACAUGGAAAUAACAUGGAGAUAACAUAGAUAACGUAGAGAUAACAGAAAUAACAGAGAUAACAUGGAAGUAACAUGGAAAUAACAAACAGCGAUAACAUGGAAAUAACAUAAAUAACAGCGAUAACAUGGAAAUAACAGAACAUAGAGAUGACAUGAAGAUAACAUAGAGAUAACAUUAAUAUCACAAUGGAACAUCAAGCCGCUAGUUCAUACUUUACUGUCAGACUGUCAGAAUUCUGAGCUGUACCCAUGAUACGUGAUAAUAAUUGCAUUUACUGUGUAAUGUAAUGGUGUUCUUACUGUGAUGGGCACUUACACUG